UUGAUCAAACAAUCGAAGCUUUUUGGCAAUAAAAACUUCAAGUUUGAUACAAAUGUUGGAAUAUUAUUGGGGAUUUGAUCAAAUCGAUCAAAAAAAUAAUAAAAGAAUGGAAAAAAGUGAAGGUGAAGAGAAACGUUUUCGUGAAUAUUAUGAACAAGAUGGAACCAAAGUAAUCGAAACAAUAACAUUAUGUCGUAUACCACCGAAAGGUGGCCUGUUUUCCGGUACAAAUCUAUUGGAUGUUGAUGCAAAUUUUUACCAUCAAGUAUUGGAUUAUACGAAUGAAUUACGCGCUAAACAUCAGGCACCACCAUUGACAUUGUUCAAAGAUUUGAGUAAAUUUGCACAGGAAUGGGCAAAUCAUUUGGCCAAACUGAAUCAAUGCAUACAUCGUGAUCAAACAAAAUAUGGUGAAAAUAUCUAUUAUAAAUAUCAAUAUAGCAAAAUUACAUUGAAUGGAUAUGAACCUGUCCAAUCCUGGUAUGAUGAAAUUGAAGAUUAUUUUCCUUAUUUCGGCAAAGAUCCACCCAAAUCAAUAUUCCAUAAAGUUGGCCAUUUUACCAAUCUUGUUUGGAAAGAAACGAAGCGUAUGGGUGUUGGUUAUGCAAAAGGAACCAAUACCGUAUAUGUUGUGGCCAAUUAUGAUCCACCGGGUAAUCUAUUCACAGCAUUCAAAGAUAAUGUUUUGCCGCCAAUCGUCACACAAACAAUUACAUCAAGUCGAAUAUCUGCAUUGAUCAGAGAAUCUCGCAUGACGGUGGCAAGUAUUUUGGAAGUUGAUCAAAAUUUUAGUCAACAAGUUCUAAACUAUACAAAUGAUCUUCGUACUAAACAUGGAGUGCCACCAUUAGUAUUACAUCAAUCAUUGAAUAAAUAUGCACAAGAAUGGGCUGAUAAUUUGGCCAAAUUGAAUAAAAGUAUGCCACGUGAUCAGAAUAAAUUUGGUGAAAAUAUUUUCACUAAAAGCCAUGAUGCCAAAAUUACAUUGAACGGCAUUGAAACUGUACAAUCAUGGUAUAAUGAAAUCGAAGAAUAUUUUCCACAUUUCGGUAAAGAACCACCAAAAACAUUAUAUCCAAAAGUGACAAAUUUUGUUAAUCUCAUCUGGAAAGAUAGCAAACGUUUAGGUGUUGGUUUUGCAAAAGGAACCAAUACUGUUUAUGUUGUCUGUUAUUUUGAUCCACGCGGUGCAAUACCGGAUAUGUUUAAAGAUCAGGUUCUGGCAUCAAAAGAAGUUGACUGUAGUACUACUUGUCGAAUCGGACCAAAAGAAGAUUCCACUAAAUUGGCACCAACAAAUGUUUUGGAAGUUGAUCCAAAAUUUUAUCAACAAUUUCUUGAUUAUACCAAUGAAUUACGGGCAAAACAUCAGGCACCAGCAGUGUCAUUUUAUAAAGAUCUUCAACGUUAUGCACAAGAAUGGGCUGUACAUUUGGCCAAAAUCAAUCAAUGUUUGCCACGCGAACAAAGUAAAUAUGGCGAAAAUCUUUUCUACAAAAGUCAUUAUUGCAAAAUUACUUUGAAUGGUUUUGAACCGAUUCAAUCAUGGUAUAAUGAAAUUGAAGAAUAUUAUCCACAUUUCGGCAAAGAACCACCGAAAACUAUAUUUGCAAAAAUUGGUCAUUUCACCAAUCUUGUUUGGAAACAAACCAAACGUAUUGGUGUUGGUUAUGCUAAAAGUGCCAAUACUGUUUAUGUUGUUUGCAAUUAUGAUCCAGCGGGUAAUAUAAAUGAAUCAACAUUUCAUUCUUGUAUCGAAUCCGAUUAUGAAUGUAAAAUUCGUCAAUGGGAUCAAGAUGUUCGUCAACAAAUCCAACAACAUUAUCACCAACAAACAAACGAAGAAAAUGCAGAUGAUUCAGAAACAUUGAAACCAUCCAUCGGUAAACAUUUUGCCGAAAAUUUUAUCAUCACCGAUGAAGAAGAUAUCGAAUGUAUUGAUGAACCAAAAAAUGUAAAAUUUGAUUUUACUCGUUAUUAUAGCAAAGAAAAAAUUCAAAUAACAUCACCAUUCAGUAAUGAAUGUUUAAAACAUUAUAUUGAUUGUAAACAUCAUGUUCGUUAUCGUUCAUUAUCUAAAUAUUUUGGUACAAUGAUCGACAAUUCAUCAUCAUUGACACCAAAAUCAUCGUCAACCGACUUUAUUGCCAAUGAAAUGUUAACAUCCAAAAGUUUUCUAACAAAUUUUCCACUUCGACCGCACCUAUUUGAAUGUGAAGAUGAUGAUAAUGAAUCGAUUGGUAGCGGAAUAACUGGCCAAAAAAUGCUUAUUCGUGAAGGUAAUGCAUCGGUUAUUGACGAAAAUGGUGAUGGUAGCGAUUUUCGUAAUGGUUGGCUAACACUAUCACGUGAUCAGAAUGAUUGUUUUUUAACAUUUUUCGAUACCAGUCGUCGUAAUAAAAUUCUAUGGCAUUUGGAAAUAAAUCAAAAAGUACAACGAUUAUUAUCAACCGAUGAUCAAGAUCAUCAAUCGUUUGAUAACAGUUUUCGAAUAAAUCAUCAUAUUAUUCGUACUGAUUGGAAAUUUAUUGAUGAUUGGAUUAAAGAUAUUAAUUCGAAUAUUGUUGCCGAAUUUGAACCUUAUGAACAAUUGGAAAGAAUAUUGAAUCCUAAUUGUUGCCAAAAGAUUGGUGAAAAAUUAAAAAGUUUCCAUCUUAUUAAUAAUAUCAAUCUGUUUGCUGCAUAUAAUGAUAUGAAUAUGCGAAAAGAUUUCUUCAACAAAUUUAUUGAAGAUUUUAACUAUCUGAAUUUUCAUACUCAAAAUGUUGAUAGCCUUUCGACGGAUAAAGUGCACGAAUUGAAUUCUGCUACAGCUAAUAUAUUUAGUUUUGUAUUGAUAAUCAAAUCAACUGAUAUAGCUAUUUCAUCCAAUAAUAAUACUGAUCGUUCUUCACGAUUGAAUGAAUCAUAUUUUUAUCGUAUAGCAUUAUUCGAUUGUAAAUUAGGUAAACUAAGCGAAGAAUUUCGUUAUGUUGUAUCGACGGAUAUUCAUUCGUUGAGAUCAUCAUCUAUGGCCGAUGGUAAUCGUGGUUUUGAUCAAAAAUUAAUGUGCACGGUUACGAAAGCAUUAUUCCAUGUUGAUCUUUCCCAAUCGAAUCCAAAUGAUCUUUAUCUGGUUUUACGUGUGGAACGUACAUUACAUCCAUUAAAGAAUUAUAUUUGCUAUCCAAUAGUCAAUAUGAACAACAAUCAUCACAAUAAUAAUAAUAAUAAAAUUGCUCACAAUUUAAUCAUGAUCAGACAACAUAUCGAACCAUAUGCUUGGAGUAUUCGACCAUUAUUUCAUACCGAUACGCUCAAUCUGGAAACCAAUUCUAAUUUUGGUUUAUUCUAUAAAAUGGAUCAAAAUCGUUUGUCAGAUGAAUUUAUUUUGAAUCUGUUGAAUCAUCAUCAUCAUCAAUCCACAUCAUCAUCGACACGUUCACAAACAAUCAUACAAGGAAGAUUGGAAAUUGAAUUGAUUGAUUGGAAAACAUUUGAAAAACAACAACAACAAAUGAAUAAAAAUGAAGAACAGGACAAAAAUGCCGAAAUUAUUAUAUUUAAUCCAUCGAUUUAUCCGAACAAAACAAUCAUAUUGGAAAAUAAUAAUAAUAAUAAUAAUAAUGUCAAACAGCAACAACAACAACAGAUAUUGAUAAAUCCGAUUCUGGAAAUUCAAUCCUUGCGAUUAUUAUCGAAACCUUAUAGGGAAUAUUUUAAUAUACUUUAUAUUUAUCCACAAAGUUUACGUUAUGAUUCACAACGAAUAUUUUCGAAAGCAAGAAAUCUUUGUGUAACGAUUGAAAUUCGUGAUACGGAUAAUGUAAAUGAAUCACCGCGAUCAUUACCAAUCAUUUAUGGUCGACCACAUGAUUCUUCGCUAUUUGUUCAAUCGACCACAACAUCGGUUUCGAAACAUAAUGUCACACCGGAUUUUUACGAAGAAAUCAAAGUAGCCUUACCACUAAAUUUUAGUGAAAAACUUCAUAUUCUGUUUACAUUUUCGCAUAUUUCCUGCAAAAAAGAAUGUUCCUAUUCGAUUGUUGGCUAUUCGUGGUUGCCAAUUUCAUCGGAAAAACGUCAGAUUCAUUGCCAAAAUCUAGCCUUAUCGGUGUUUGCUUCAUUGCCUAAUCAAUAUCUUUCCUGUCAAUCAUUGGGUCUUGGUAAAGGGCUUUCAAUGCCCGAUGUUAAAAUUGUGGGCAAAGAAGUUUUCAAAGUAUCUCUUACGCUAACAUCAUCAAUAAUAUCUAGAGAUUUUGAAUUACAUAAUACUUUGUUAUCGAUUAUUAAAAUAACCAGAUCUCAUCGAAAUGAUUCAAAAGAAAUAUCAUCCAUUAUUUCGUUGGAAAGACAAAUACCAAAAAUGAUUGGACAACUAGCCGAUUGUGACCGAGAAGAAUUGAUACAUUUUUCACAGAUAAUUUUACAGCAAUUAUUUAAAUUAAUUGUUUAUGCGGCUAGCCAAGAAUUGAUACAAUCAUCAUUGAAUACAAUUAUUCGUCUUGUUGAUCGAUUUCGUCGUGACAAUCGAUUGGAUAUUCUUCGUGAAUUUAUUGAUUCUACAUUUGAAACAGCCGAAUUCUGUAAUGUUUAUAUUCAUGAUCAAUUGAUUAUAUUGAUCAAUAAAAUGUUUGAGCAAUUCAAUCCAAAUCUUAAACAACAACAAUCGAUAGCGAAUAAUAUGGAAGAAAUGAAAUUAUUCCUAAGUAAUAUAUGGUUUCUUUUGCAAAUAAUCACCAAAUCACUGGUACAAUAUCUCAUUCAAACUGGACGAUUAUGUUGGGAACGUGAAAAAAGAUUUGAUGAAGAAUUUGUGGUGAAUUUGAAAUCAUUUUUCGAAAAUGCAUCAUUAGUUAUUGCAAUGAAUUCUCGUUUGGAAGAAGUGCAGGAUGCUAAUCGAGCCUUGUCCUAUUUUAUGACCCGAUUAUGUUCCUUUUUGGAUCGUUCCAUUCUAUUCAAUGCAAUAUUUCAUCAUGUAAAUUGUCUAUCAUCACGUGAUAUUGUUAUACAGGAAUUGAAAUUCAAUUCGAUAGCUAUGUUAUUGGCACAUGAACAUUUUGUUUCCUAUUGUAAUCCAAUGCAAUUGGAAGAUACAAUAACAUUGACAAUAGACUUUUGUGGCAAACAUUUUCCAGUAUUUCUUAUAUUGAAUGAAUUUCGUUCAUUGUAUCAUCAAUCGGCAACAUUUGGUGUUCGACAGAUUCGACAAUUAGCUUUGUCGAUUAUACGAAAUCAAUUAACUAAACACAUGUUGGAUGAUCGUUAUUCAUCUUUGGAAUGUCGUGAAAAAAUUAUCGGUUUAUAUUUACCAAUAUUAUCGGUCAUAUUGGAAAAUUGUAAUCGAAUGAUGGAUUCUACUUGCUGCGGCGGUAGCAAUCCGAAUACACAGCAGAAAUUCCAUUCUUCCUCAAAGCAAUCUUAUUCAUCAUUCGCAACGAUUCACGAACAGCAACCAAAUUCUAUGGAUGGUCUUAAUUCGCUUUUGGUUCGAUCAACAUCGGAAAUUUCCUCAACACUUGGCUCAAUCAGUUCAUAUAGCUCAAAUUCGACAAUAGGUUCGUCAAACAAUACAUUGAUCGGACAUAAUCGAUCCAAUUCUUCGGCUACUGCAACUUCGGCAACUACUUCGAUAACAUUAGCCGCCACCAAUAGUAGCAAUAAUCAAGCUGUUCGUUUCGAUAAAUUCAGUAAUGAAGAGAUUCGUGACCUUUUCAUUUGUUUUUUGUGCAUUGUACAAAUGAUCAAUGUUGAUCGUAUGAAUUUAUUGUCGAAAAAACAACUUAAAGAUUUGUUUCUAUGUUUGGAAUUGGCUUUGAAUUGUUUUGAAUUUAAGCCGAAAAAAUUGACGGAUAAUCGAUCGAAAACAAUGCCCAAUCCGAUUAGUACAAUGUCGGCCAGCAAUCUUAAUCACCAUUCUUAUCAACAUCAUCAUCAUCAUUAUCAUCAUCAUAGUGCAUCGGCAAUUGGGGAAAAUCAUCUUACUAGCUAUCUAUUGCAACAGAAUCUAUCCAUACAAUCAGCAUUGAUAACAUUACGUACAAUUCAUCUUUAUCUAGAUAAUGAUCAAAAACCAAUCGAUCCUUCAAUAUCACAGAUUUUAUCAAUCUAUCUAACUUUGAUGACAUUGCCGCAAAGUCAAACAGUUUUGAUACAUUUAUUCAAUAGUAUCAGAUAUUUUGUUCAAAAAUUCUCUUUUCUUUUAUUCCAAUCGGAUUCAUUUCUUUCGCCAAUCAUAUCGAAAGUGAUUCGAUAUUGUAAUUCAUCAUUGACUCCAAUUCGACAAGGUGCAACCGAUUUAUUGUACUGUUUGUUUGUAACAAAUAUGAAACGUACACGUUUCGAAACCAUUGUUUGUGUGUCUAGAUUGGCUUCUAGCGAUCCACAUGGUUUGCUCUAUCUACAUUCAUCAUUGAAUCGUUUGGAACAGUUGGCCAUCGCCGAUACAACACAACAACAACAAACCUCAACACCAUUGAUCAUUGAUGAUGGUGAAGAGAUAUCUAUCACAACAAUUGUCGAACGUAUUCGCGAAAUAUUGAAAGCAACCAAACAAAUUCGUGAAGAAUAUUUUGAUCCAUAUUCAGCAUCGGAACUUCGAUUACAAUUGGCCAAUUCUUAUGCACGAACAUCCAGAUCGUUGUUACGAACAUGGCUAGAAAAUCUAAGUGAAGUUCAUAUCAAAAAUCAUGAUUGGGCUGAAGCAGCAAUAUGUUUGUGUCAGGUGAUAGCAAUACUCAUCGAGCAAUUAUCAUCGAAAGAAAUUCAUAUCAUUGAUGGUAUGCUUAAUAUUAGUAAAGUAUCGGAUAAUAUUAUGACUAAAGAUUCGAUUAAACGCGAAUCUGAUUGGUUGGAAUUGGAAGAAAGUCAUGUUUCGAUCGAUGUACUCGAAUCGAUCGUACAGGAAUGUGUUGAUUUGUUUGAAAAAGCUGAACUAUAUGAAUUAGCGCCACAUGUUCUGAAAGUUGUCAUGUCAUCAUAUGAAAAAGAAUAUGAACAUCGUAAACUUUCUCAACUCUAUACUAAAAUUGCCAAAAUGCAUUCGAAAGCACAAGAGAUUAAUGAUUCUGGUAAACGAAUUUUCGAUACAUUUUUCAGAGUGGCAUUCUAUUAUCUGAAUACAGGACAGAAAAUGGAAUACAUUUAUAAGAUGACCAAACUAGUUUCAUUAUCCGAAAUGACAACCAAAAUGCAAACAUUCUAUCCGAAUGCAACCUAUUUGGCCGCCGAUUCACCAACAAUUCAACAAAUGGAAUCGUCGACGACUGAAUCAUCAUUGCAUUGCGAUCAACCUAAUCUGAAUACGAAUAGUAGUAAGCAAUGUGGCAAUUUGAUAAUCGUUAUUACUCAUGUAACCCCGUACAUUGAAAUGGCGCGUAAUCAAUUUGAAAAAAAUGUUGGAGUGCAACAAUUUGUUUAUGAACAACGUUUGGACAGCAAAAUUGCUCAAUCGGUUGCCGAACAAUAUAAAAAACGAGUCAUUCUUACCGCUGGUCAUAGUUUUCCUUAUUUCCUGAAACGUAUACCGGUUAUUAGUAAAAAAGAAGUCAUUCUCGAUCCGAUUGAUGUUGCGAUUGAUGAAAUGCAAGAACGUGUCUAUCAAUUGGAACAUGUUAUUAUGAAUCAAGAUUUGAAACAUUUACAAUUGGUUUUGCAAGGAUCUGUUCAUGUAACCGUCAAUUGUGGUCCGAUUGCCUAUGCAAAUGCAUUUCUCAAAACUAAAUCGAAAUCUCAAAUAACCGAUGAUGAUCAACCAAUGGCCAAUGGAAUCGACGACGACGGCGAUGAUGAUAUUAUGGAUGAAAAUUUUGAUGAAAGUCAAAAACAUUUGAAAUUCUUAUUUGAACAAUUUCUAGACCUAUGUGAAAGUGCCUUAAAAUUGAACGAACGCUUAAUCAAAUCGAAUCAAAUUGAAUACCACAAUAAUUUGAAACAAAAUUUCGAAAAACUAAGAUCCGAAUUGGAUUUUCUUAAUCAUCGAUCAUCAUAUAUACCGAUAUUUGAUGCUAUUUCAGGUCCAACUUUUGCUCCUUUUUCUUAGCCGAUGGUGACCAAAAAAAACUCUUUUGUAUAAAUUGUCUUUGUUAUUGCCUUGAAUUUGCAACAUUGUUAU